AUGUGCAAAGGUCUAGGAGAGGGGAAGCUAGGCGGCGUCUGCGGGCUGCCGGGACACCAAGACGACGAUUCGCCCCAUGCCGCCGCCGCCACCACUGGGUCGGUGCCGUGCGAGCUCUGCGGGUCAAGGGCUUCACUAUAUUGCCAAGCUGAUGACGCUUUUUUGUGCAGAAAAUGUGACAAAUGGGUUCAUGGGGCUAAUUUCUUAGCCCGCAGGCACAUUCGGUGCUUUCUCUGCAACUCGUGUCAGAACCUUACACAGCGAUAUCUCAUCGGAGCUUCGUUAGAGGUGGUGCUUCCGACAAUGUUAUGA